AUCGAAUUGGUAUUCCUGUUGAAUAUCUGUUCAUAAAAUCGUAAAUAUUACGCAAUAACGCGGUUUCCAUGGAAAAAUAAGUGUUAAAAAAUAUUUUCAAAUGUGGUUAAUUGUUUAAAUAAUAAAUCAAAGUUAUAAUAUUUCAAAGAAAGUCUUUAGAUUUACUAAAUUUAAUUGGAUAAUUCUUGAGUAUUACAACACAGUGCAUAUCUGUGAUUGUCUUGUUCUGAACCUAAACGAGAAAUGUCAAAAUGGCGUCACAACAGGACGCUUGGUAUCUUUCAUUAUUGGGAUUAGCUGAAAAUUUUCGAACGUCAAAUCCACCAAAUAUCAAAGCCUGUAUCCAAUGUCUCCAAGCAGUUUUUCAUUUUAAACCGCCUCCAAAAGUAGAAGCUAGAACACAUCUUCAACUUGGUAACAUUCUUCUAACGCACACAAAAAAUACUGAUCUUGCACGUUCUCAUCUGGAGCAAGCAUGGGGGUUAAGUCAAAAUAUUCAAACUUUUGAUGAUGUUAAGUUUGAGGCUGCUAGCGUUGUAGCUGAAUUGUAUGAACAAAAUGAUACAAACAUUUGUAAAAAAAUACUCAUAAAAGCUAUUGAAGUAUCUCAACAUCAUGUGUACUGGCAUUGCAGACUUAUUUUUCAAUUGGCACAAAUACAUGCAUCGGAAAAAAAUAUUAGUGUUGCAAAUAGUUUAUUAGAAAUCGGUAGUGAUUAUGCACAAGUGAACAAUGCAAACUAUACUAAAGUAUUAUUUAUAUUAAGUCGGUGUAUGUUGUUGCUGAUUGAAAAAAAAUUCACGGAAGUACAUCCGCUGUUUAACACAGCAAGCCGUCAUGUUGAAAGCUGGGAAGGAAAUCAUUUUCAAAAGGAAUAUCUUAGAGUAUAUUUAUUGGUUCUUCAAGUGUGUUAUUUUUUAAUGGCGGGCCAAGUAAAAAGCGUAAAAUCUGUUUUAAAACAAUUACAACAAAGUAUACAAACGAUAAUGUCACCUAGUUGGCCAUCAGAUGAAGUAGUUACGGGAUCAAAUAGCGGUGAUAUGUUUAUAUGGAUGCCAAAGGAACAUUUGUAUAUUUUAGUUUAUCUUGUUACGGUGAUGCAUUCAAUGCAAGCUGGAUAUAUGGAAAAAGCGCAAAAAUAUACAGAUAAAGCUCUCUCACAAAUUGAGAAGCUUAAAAGUACUGAUAAUAAACCAAUUCUUUCGAUAUUUCAACUUAUGUUAUUAGAACACAUAGUGAUGUGUCGAUUGGUUAUGGGAAAUAAAACUACAGCUCUUGCAGAAAUUGCACAAGCGUGCCAAUUGUGUAGGCCAUAUCCAAAACUUCUUAAAAGUCAUGAAGCACAACUUCAUACGCUACUAGGACUCUAUGCAAUGUCUAUGAAUUGUAUGGAAUCAGCUGAAGCUCAAUUUCUCGCAACACUUCGAACCUCGUCAGAAAAGGAACUUUGUACUUUCGCUAAUCUUAAUCUCGCGAUAGUGUAUUUAAGGAGUAAACGAGAUAAAGAACUUGGUGAACUUAUGGACCGAAUUAAUCCAGAUUCCUUGCAACCACAUUCAUUACAGGCAGCUGCUUAUUAUGUACAAGGACUUCAAGCAUUUUUUGGAGCAAGAUACAAUGAGGCAAAAAGAUAUCUUAGAGAAACGUUGAAAAUGGCAAAUGCUGAAGAUCUAAACAGACUCACAUCAUGUAGCUUAGUUCUUUUAGGUCAUAUUUUCCUAUCUCUUGGUAAUGAAAGAGAGUCUAUGAAUAUGGUCACACCAGCUAAUCAAUUAGCAUCUAAGAUUCCAGACGUUCAUGUGCAAUUAUGGGCUACAGCGAUACUCAAAGAUUUGUACAGCAAAAAUGGUGAUCAUAAUCAUGAAACGGAAUUUUAUCAAAUGCAUCUAAACUUUUCUCAAACACUCUUGAAAGAUCAUUUUCAAAGCACGCAAAUGCCUGAACAUACUUUAAUACAAUGGAUACAAGGACCUAUACCACCGAUUUCUGCCAAUCCUCCGCCUUCUACCUCGCGGGCUAUUCUAUAAUUCGCAAAAAUACUUUAACUGUGGAUCUACUUAAAUUUCGUAUUGAAUUUUCUAGUUGAAAAAAGGUAAACAGGCAGUUUCUUUGUAUUAUUUAUUAUUAAAAAAAAAAAUUCAAAUUUUAAUGAACGUACAAAAUGUAUAAAAUUAAACGAUUCACUAUAUUUCAAUGGUACAAAUUUGAUUAUAGUCGAAUGUACGUGCUGACGAUCGAAAGAUGAAUAUGAUUCAAAUGAAUUUUUAUUAUAAACAGAGUAUAUUAUGAGUCAUUUCAGUAAAGUCAUUUUUUAAAAUAAAUUCUAAUGACGGAACGAAUAAUUUUAGUACUAAAUUUUAGUACUGAUCUCUCUAUACUGAAAUGAAUACUCUGUAAAUCAAAUUUAAGCAAAUAAUAAUUUUAAGUUAUAGAAGUAAAAUAGUUAAUAACAAUAUAUAAUAAGAGGGUAAAAACGUAAUUAUAUAGCCUGACGCAAUUUUUACGUCUAAGGGGCCUUAAUGUGAAAAUAGUUAGAUGUGAGAAUGCGAUUAAUGAAUGCUAGUCUAAUAUAAGGAAUUCAUUUUUUUUUAAUUUCAAAAUUAAAUUGAAUGUAUGAAUGUUCUAUGAAAUUCGUAGUUCCUGAUUUAUUAAUCUUGUACAGGCUGUUUUAUCACAAAUAUAU